CAAAACCCAGAUUUGGAAACACGUUGAUUCUUUCCGUGUUGUGGCGUUUCCCUUCUCUCUCUCUCUCUCUGGGCUUUUGGGAUACGAGAUAACACAUCCCAAGUCCCAUCAACUGUUCUUCCGUCAUUGUUCAUCCAUUAAAACGAUAUAAUUUGGUUUAUAUUCAGCCCUUCACUAUAAUUCUCGCCAUACGGUUUGUUUAUUUUUCUGGCUAUUUUUCUGGUAUUCACUUCUCUUCUGGCCUGCUUCCUAAACCGUCUUCAUCAACCUCUGACACCUUGGUCUCUCUUUGCCUCUCUCUUGCAAUACCGUUUUCCCCCCUUCUUGCUCAAAAGACUGUGCGGUUCCAUAUCCAUUCGGCGCAGUUCAUAUAGUGGAGGUCUCCUUGGGUUCCACUGACACUUUAUACGAGUAUAUACAUUGAAGUAUAUAUUCUCCUGUUUUGAUAAAUUUUUCGAAUCUCUUACGUUUCUACUUAUUUGGGAAUUUUCUCCCACCACAACCAGUUUCAACGUAAUUUUAUUUUCACGAUCUCAGCUUUCCUUGGAGAAAUAUCGCUGGAUUUUCGCUGAUCCCUCGUACCCACCUCCCAAAAACCGUUGGUUUUCCCACCCUUUUUUUCUCUUUUUAAUACAUCCCCAAAAAGAAAAAGAAAAGUAACAUACUCAUAAUACACCUUUUUGCUUGAAAACCCUUUCUUUUCUCGGAAAGUCUUUCCCACCAUCAUAGAAAAGAUCAUUUUUUUUUUCUUCUAACACAUUUGGUAUGUAUCUUCCAGUUAAUUUUUGCCGGAAGAUGUUAAAUGUCUGGGUUUUGCUCUUCGUGUGGCUAUUGGGUAAUACAUGUGUUGAAGGUCUUGGUGUGAACUGGGGUACAAUGGCCACCCACAAGCUGCCACCCAAGUCAGUGGUUCAGAUGUUGAAAGACAAUGGAAUUCAGAAGGUGAAGCUGUUUGAUGCUGAUCGGUCCACCAUGUCUGCUCUUGCUGGAUCUGGAAUUGAAGUUAUGGUGGCCAUUCCCAAUGAUCAGCUCGCCGCAAUGAACAGUUAUGAUCGGGCUAAGGAGUGGGUGCGGCGCAAUGUCACUGUUUACAAUUUCAAUGGAGGUGUUAACAUCAAGUAUGUGGCAGUUGGUAAUGAGCCUUUCCUCGCAUCCUACAACAACUCGUUUGUGAAUCUAACCUUUCCAGCCCUUCAGAACAUCCAGAAUGCCCUCAAUGAAGCUGGAGUUGGGGACUCUGUAAAGGCAACGGUGCCCCUAAAUGCUGAUGUCUACAAUUCGCCAGACAGCAAUCCUGUCCCCUCCGCUGGACGGUUCCGGCAAGAUAUCAGUGGACAAAUGACCCAGAUUGUUCAGUUCCUAAACCAGAACAAGGCUCCUUUCACUGUAAAUAUUUACCCUUUCCUUAGUCUCUAUGGCAAUGAUAACUUCCCAGUCGAUUAUGCAUUUUUCGAUGGGGUAAGCAAUCCCAUUGCUGAUAAUGGAAUUCAAUACCAAAAUGUUUUUGAUGCCAACUUUGAUACAUUGGUUUCGGCCUUGAAAGCAGCGGGAUUUGGUGACCUAACCAUUUUGGUGGGUGAGGUGGGGUGGCCUACAGAUGGGGACAAGAAUGCAAAUGCAAACUUGGCUUAUAGAUUCUAUAAUGGGCUUUUACCAAGACUUGCUGCCAAUCAGGGCACCCCACUUCGGCCUGGAUACGUAGAAGUAUACUUGUUUGGGCUCAUUGACGAGGAUGCCAAGAGCAUAGAUCCUGGAAACUUUGAGCGUCAUUGGGGCAUUUUUAGGUAUGAUGGACAACCGAAGUUUCCUAUUGAUCUUUCGGGUCAGCGGCAGAACAAGUAUCUUGUGCCUGCACAGAAUGUGCAGUAUCUACCUACCAAAUGGUGCCAGUUUAAUCCGAAUGCUAAGGAUUUGAGCAAGCUUGCGGAUAAUAUCAAUUUUGCUUGCACUUUUGCAGAUUGCACAGCGCUCGAGUAUGGGUCGGCUUGUAAUGGCAUGGAUACUAAUGGAAACGCUUCCUAUGCAUUUAAUGCGUACUUCCAGGUCCAGAAUCAGGCAGCUUUGAGCUGUAACUUCCAAGGUCUGGCCACGGUCACUACACAGAACAUAUCACAAGGGAAUUGCAAUUUUACAAUUCAGAUAGCUGCUUCCCAUUCUUCUUCUACCCGGGCCUCACUGGUGGCUUUGGCAUUUUUAACCGUACUUACAUUUCUGCUGUAGAUUUCUUUUUCAUAGAUACCUCAUAAAGUAUUGCUCAUUAAUUUUUAUUUAAAAUUUGCUUCUUCUAUGUGGAGAUGACCUGGUAUUUUUACGCUAAUAUACA